CAGGCAUUGUCGAUUCCAUUUCGGCAAUACUUUGUUUUCCACCUGUUGAAAAUUCUCCCAGGAAAAAUCGUUGCGUUUGCCUUAUUCCAAUUUACAAGAAGUCUCUCUAGCAGUCUUGUAAAAAGGUUUACUAAAAAUAGAAGGCAGAGAGAUGUUUAUAGUUUGCUGGAUUUUCUGAAAUUUGCUCACGUGAUCCAACUACCGAAGUGUGAUUCAAUUUCGUUUAUUGACAGCUAAGGUUGUGAUUGUGAUUCAGGCUCCUUUGUUUAUCAAUAAAGUCCACUUGCCCGUUCUACUUUGAACAUGCGACAUUCCAUCAUUUGCGGAUUGAGUGUUGUGUUUAUUCUUUUAAAAUGUUCUGAUGGCCAGGAAGUAGAAGUUAGACAACCGGUGUGCAGAGAGAAAGAAAAAUGCCUGGCUUUACUGGACAUAGCCGAAGAUUUAGUCGCCAACACAAAAUCUCUCUGCUCUAAGUGUAAGUAUACUAAUGACGCAUCAAAGCAAUCAGAGUGCAACAGGAAAGAAAAAUCUUCCAUCUACAUGGAAUUUACAAGGAAGUUGCUGAGGGAAAUCAGAGAUAAUUUCCCAUCAUGUCAACCGGUGGAGUGCAGUAAGAGACCGAGGGAUUGUACUGAGGUCAUGGAAGCUGGAGACACCAAGAGCGGAACCUACGCCAUUUUCCCAAUGAGCAAGUAUACAGCUUCGAAACUAGUCAAUGCGUAUUGUGACAUGGACACCGAUGGCGGGGGUUGGACGGUGAUACAAAGAAGAGGAAAUUUUACUCCCCAACAUAAUUUUCAGCUGAAGUGGAAUGAAUACAAAACCGGUUUCGGAAACAUCGAGGGGGAAUUUUAUUUAGGAAAUGACAAUAUCUAUGCUUUGAGCAACCAAAGUCCAGUUGAACUUCGUAUCGAUAUGAUGGAUGCUAAGGGAAACCGUCGCUAUGCGACUUACAAAAAAUUUCGAAUUGAUGACGAAAAAAAUAAUUAUAAAUUGCACGUCGACGAGUACGAAGGCGAUGCUGGCGAUGGCAUGAAGCGUCACAAUGGAAAGGAGUUUUCAACCAUAGAUAAAGGAAAUACUGCUGCCGUAGCUGCUAUUAAUGGACCCUGGUGGAUCGCUGAUUGGGCUGAUGCUCAUUUGAAUGGAAAGUACGAACCUGGGAUAGACGAUUUUCAAAACAUCCAUUGGCAUGUUUGGCUCGAAAACGUGGGCUUGGCGUUCGUUGAGAUGAAAGUGAGGGAAGUGUAGAAACAGAAACAAGCUGGAAGAUGGCAUAAAUCAUGCUUGUUUGAGAAUUUAUCUUCAGAGUCCAGUAAAAAGUAUAAGAUGAAUAAGGUGGACAACAUAUUGUAAAUAUUCAAUAUUUUUUUUUUUGAUUAAAGAAACAUUAAGUGAUUGAA